CACCUUGUAUUCCUUCUUAACGGAAGUGCAGCAAAGAAAAUGUGCAGCUGACACACUGAAUAGCAUAUUCAGCACAAUCUCUGAGAAAUAUCUUUAUUUCACCAUCAGGUUUCAGAGGGCUGCAUCCACGGACGCUUUGUUUCUAUGAGAGACGCGUGGUUACACUCAGAGAGCCAAUCACUGUCCUGGGUCACAUGAUUGACGUGUGUGUGGUGCGAUCUCCGCGUAGAGGGGGCGGGACAUUAAAAGGUUUGAGAUGUCAGUCCCUCAGUCUGCCUCAUCGAAAAGUCUGACCUCAACUCCACUCAAAAGCAAAUCCGCUGUCCCAAGGAGCAUCCCGAGAAGCAGGAGCGUGGAAUCCACGGGCGACUCAACCUACUCCCUGCUGUCCCCCAUUUACCACGAUAGCUUUGAAUUAUCAGAUGACGAUAAGGAAGAAGCACAGAAUCAGUGUCAGCCGCCUGAUGACCCCUCUCUCGCAGCACAUGAAGGUGUAUUACCCAUAGGUCCUAGCAGGAAUGAGUCCCUUCAUGCAGAAGAUACCUCCACAGGAAAGCUGAAUCUGAGUGCAUGGGAGCAGUGGCUUGUGAGUAAAGCCAAAGAAGAGCGAAUCAAAAUACAUCAGAAAUCCCUGCAGCUAAAAGCUCUGAAACAAAAGAAGGAACAAGAAGAAACAGAACAACAAAGAAAAAAAACAGUCAAUGAGUGUAAAAUUCAAGAGUGGCUUCAAAUGAAGAGACAACAGGAGAAACAGGAAAAGCUUUGCCGGGAGUCCCAGAAAACAAAUAAAAUGCUUCAUGAAGAACAGAAACGGUUGGAGAUAGAAAAAAAAGCCCAAGAAAAAUAUAAUGCAUGGCUCCAUAAGAAAAAGCAAGAGGAAAAAGAAAGGAAAUUGAAAGAGCAAGAAGAAAUAGCUAGAAGAGAAAAGGAGGAGAGAGAACAGAAAGAGAGAGCAGAUGAGAAGUUCAAAGAGUGGCUUAAAAACAUAACAGACAAAGAAAGACAUAAACGUAAGUCAUCAGCAUGUUCUGCUGAUGGCUAUGACAAUCUAAACUAUCCAGCUCCCAGUUUUGUGAAUCCUAUUCCAUGGAAGCCCAUUCACAUUCCCCAGCAGGACAGAACGCCUAGGAAGAACUCAGCACACAGGAAACAGCCAGGUCCACCGAAAAAUUGCUCAACUCCAUGUCUCACUUACAAACCAAAAGACACAAUCAGCUUUGCAUCCAAAAGACUGUGAUACUUUCGGGUUGAGAUCAAACAUGGAACUUUUACUGUUAUUAAACUGUACAGUACAAACAGAAGGGUUUUUAUAUUUGAAGAUGAUUUUAGAAAUGCUUGUGGUCCUGAUCUUGCACGGAUUUAGCGUUCAAUGGUUUAUAGUGCUCACAGGCUAGAAUGUGAUGAUUUUAUAACUGUGUAAUUGUGGCAGAAAUGAUUGAAAAAUACAAACACUUUUUAAAACUGAAUU